CGCUCUCCGCCAUCAACUCUGCGGAGAACCAGAGAGAGAGAGAGAGAGUUGGGGAUGGCAUCCAACAAGAAGGAGGAGAAGGGCAAGUUGGAGGAGCAGGGCCCCAAAGGGCUCGAGCCGUAUCGGGCCACGGCGCAGCAGAAUGCCAUCGAAGCGAUUCGAUCAGCCGAGAAGCGGUACGCCAAGGCCAAGGGCGAAGGUGGGGAGCACGUUAAGGCCAAGGAAUCGAGUGGAGAUAAGGAAGCCGGGCACUCGCUCGGUGGCUCUCGGUCCGCUGCCGGAGAGAAGAUGCACGAAACGAAGGAGGGAGCCGGCGGCGCCGCGAGCGGAGUCGCCGAGAAGGGGAGGCAAGCAGGGGAGUACGUCGCAGAGAAGGCCGGAGCGGUCAAAGACUCGGUUAAGGAGAGGGCUAGGAGCGCCACGGAUUACUUGGGACAGAAGACGAUUCAGGUUAAGGAAAAGAUCGGAGAACAGACGCAGGCGGCACAGGAGAAGCUGAAGGGGAUGACGAUCGGAGGGAAGGAAGAGGGAGGAGAAGCAGCAGCAUCCGAAGAGAGAGCAAGGGAAGGGGAAGCAGCGAGAGAACCGGGGCCUUGUCACACCCACCGGCAUUCGAGGGAGCUUGAACGGGCUUGCAAAGCCACAAAGUCACAGGAGAAGGACGCCGAGGUGGUGGCCAGCUGCGGAGACCAUCAUCAUGAGAACAAGGGAGAGAAAGAAGAGGGAGGAGGAGGGAAGGAGGAGAUGGCCGGCGAUGGGGAGCAGAGCAGCGGCGAGGGAGGUGGCGUGGGGAGGGUGAAGCUGACAAGGGAAGGAGGAGGAGGAGGAAUUUUUCAGGCGAUGGGGGAGACGGUUGUGGGGAUAAUGCAGACUGCCAGGGACAUGAUCGUGGGCAGGGACUCCCACUAGCCCAUCUUCAUCAACAAGAGCAACAUUGGUAGCGAUCAGUUGGCUGGUUGUUGGCUUUCCUUGUGGGUGUGUUCUUUUACUGUGUGUGCUUCCUGUAGAGCUGAUGAGUGGAAGAGACGACUGAGCUAGUCUUACUGUUUACAGACUUACAGUGUCGUUUUGAUUCACGAAAUCGGCGGCUCGGCCGAUUCCAUUCCAAAACUGAUUUUCAUGAUGCUCAUCCCAAUCACUGCGACCAGUGAAUUAGCAAGGGAAGAUGAAUCCAUCUCGUGUUCAUGACAAACCACUCGCUUAAUUAUAUAUAUAGAUUCAUCGAUUUCAAUAAGCU